AUGCCAACACCGUGGCGAACGUUGCGUCGUCGUGGACCCGACGGCACCGUUGGGUCAUCGCGGAUCGGUAGCUUUCACGACGGCCGUGCGCCGGAUUCGACACGCCGCGACCGCGACCUUACCCACUGCCCCGUCCCCCCCUCACCCGCUCCGCAUCCUACUCCCCCGCCGCCCCUCGCCGAGGGGGCACGGCACCAGCGCGUGACGAUAGACGGGACACGCCCACGCCGCAUCCGCACAACGAAAGCUGCGUGCAUGAUGAUGUUCACCUCGAUUCGGUGCGAGUCGCCGAUGUCAACACUUGUCCGAGGAAACACACUGACACUUCUACAAUCUCGCCUGCUUAUUGGUGUAGCAGCACAACUGUCGCACGACUCUACCACAGAACGGGGGGAAAAAAUCACCGAGGGCCCACUAGCUAUCUGUCUCGGAUUCUUCGCGAUUCGCGCGCUGUUCUCCUUUUUGCAGUACAGAAGAGAGCGCGCUCUGGCGAUCGGCGCUGAGCUUUUUAUGGCGUCGCGAGCUAAUGACAGCGCAGUUGGUUCCGAGGAGACGCUGCCGAGGAUCGCGUUAGAA